UUCGCGGGCAAUCGAUCGGCGGGUCGAAGUUGGCUGAGGGAUUUAACAACUGUCUUUUCUUCCUUGUUUUGGAUAGAAAAGCUAAAAUAAAAUCAAUGGUUUUAGUGUUUGUGUGUGACAAAAGAAAGAUUUUUCGCAGAAACUGUAGUGUUUUAUCAAUUUUCUUGAGAUCCUUAAAUCGUAAAGAAAUGGGUUAAAUUUAUGUUAAACAUUGGUGUAAAAAUGUAUUUAUUUACUGUUUUAAAUGCAAAAGCAAAGCGACACAUUUUUGCUUGUCCGUCAAAAAGAAUAGUUUCAUCCAUUUCCGCUGGAUUUGUUAUUUCAGCCCGCACCCCAGGCGGAUGAAACUAUUUCGAAACUGGAAGGAACUAGCCACUUCGAAGGUGACUGUGUGGCAACAUAGAAGAUGAAACGAAAGAGGGAGAGAGAGAGAGAGAGAGAGAGAGAGAGAGAGAGAGAGAGAGAGAGAGCUAGAGAGAGAGCUAGAGAGGGAGAAUAAUAAGAUCAGAUUGAACCGCGAAUCUAGAACCCCGCACAGCAGGAAGAACGGUAUCCAUGUGCUGUACAGAUUUCUCUGCUGAUGAUUCUCUGGUGUGUGAGAGGGGCUGAAUAAAAAAUAAUAAUAAUAAUUCUCUAAUAUCCACCCCAACGUUCUUCGUGUGCCGGCAGAGUACGAAGCAAAACAAAAACGGAUAAAUGGUCCGAUCAAAGCGGAAGAAGUUGUGAAACCGGCAUCGGCGGCAGCAAUAUGAAUGCGCGAAUAUGCUGUGGAGAGAAGGCCCUCAGAAUUGAAUCCCGCUCUUCGUUCGCUGGUUUUUGGUUUCCAUCCGUUUUAGUGGUUUAGUUUUGUUUCCCUCCCCGAAGCACUACAUAAAAGCGCCGCAGAAACAGGAAAAACAUGGCCGAUCAACAACAGUACUUCCUCAAGUGGAAUGACUUCCAGACGAAUAUGGUGACAUCAUUCCGUCAUCUACGGAACGAGAAAAGCUUUACAGAUGUGACACUAGCGUGUGAAGGACAGACGUGCAAAGCUCACAAGAUGGUCCUGUCGGCCUGUAGUCCAUAUUUCAAAUCACUGCUGGAGGAAAAUCCCUCCAAACACCCGAUCAUCAUCCUGAAAGACGUGUCCUACAACCAUCUGCAGGCGAUCCUCGAGUUUAUGUACGCGGGCGAGGUGAACGUGUCGCAGGAGCAGCUCCCAACGUUCCUCAAGACCGCCGACCGACUGAAAGUGAAGGGGCUGGCGGAAACGCCGACAAAUAUCAAGCGGGAAGGUUGAUUUUCCACCUUCUCACACGGAUGGGCGGCGGCAGCGGCGGCGGCAUAUGCUGUGUUGCUGUGUUGGCUGGGGGAUGGGGGACAACAAGCCACCACCUCCAUCAAGCUCCGUGUGCUGUUUUUUUUUCUCUUCCUUUUUAUUAUCAAAAAGAACUCUUUUAUAUAUAUACACAAAUACACACACACACAUAUUAUAUAUAUAUACAAAUCACACCUACACGGAAACCACGAGACAUAAUUAGCUAUAAAUAGUGAAGAAACGAAAGCAAGCGGUGGAAGCAAAGAUGAAGCUGAUGAUGAUUGUUUAGAGUCGUGAAAAUUCCCCGUCGGUGCAAGAAAACGGCUAUUGCAAAGGAUUGCAAUAUCGUUUUUUUUUUGUUUUCGUGUUUUCCCCCCUCCUGUUUCCUUCCCUGUUUGAUUGCACCUUAGCCUAAACCAUCACGUGCGCCUGCUAGACGAACGUGACGUGAUGUUGAUGGCGGCGGUGAUUUGUUAAAACGGGAUGCGCGCAGGUGUGAUGUUACUAAAACGCGCGCGCGUACAUGUGUUGCUGCAGCGUCCGUUUUAACCCCCCCCCCCCGCCCCCGCCCCCUGCUAGAAGCAUAUUAAAUUUGUAGGAGAAAAGGAGCGAGAGCUGUUGACCGACCGACCGUCGUCCGAUGGUGUGUGUAUGGGGUGUGAUGGUCAGAUUGAUAGGAGAGAGCAAUUAUUAGAACGAUAGGCAAAUAAAACUAAUUUAGUGUAGCCACUUCAAUACCGCGCCUGCGAGAGAUAGAGCAAGAAACUUCCGGAAUGUGUAUUGAGGUAUAACGAAAAGGACUAGAGAGGAUAUGCAGCAAACAGUACAGGAAAGUGAGUGGGACCGAAAACAAAAGCAGAAGAAAGAUGAUAGGGACGCGAACGCCGUCAUUAGUAUGUACCGUUUAGAGCUCUACUAUAAGGAGAAACGCAGGAAGCAAGGUACCAGCAGCAAACGCGGACGAUCAGAAAGAGGGAAACAAGAGCCGCAUAUUACUAUAGUGAUUAACUCGCCUACUGGACACACAUGUGAAGAAAGCGUUGCGAAGAAAAAGAAAAGCAGGACGACACCAGGAAUGUAUAGUUCACGGGGAGAAAAGAAAAGGAAAGCAAAAUGUGAGUUUGCAAUUGAUUUCUUUUUUUUAUUAUAAUUUUGAUUUUACCAUCUUCAAGACACAGUAACUUUUAAUCUUACAAUCGUUUGCUGCAUACAUGCCGCGUACGUACACUAAAGCAGAAUUUUUGCUCCAAUUGGUGAUGAAUUAAUUGCACACACACAAUAGGGCAAAACACAGACCCUUCACCAUUCACCCCUCCCAAACCAUCCGUUGAUCAGUUAUCUAUCUAUCAAUUGCUAUCAAAAGCGUUAGCCCGUUUAUUAGUUCGAACCCCUCCCCCUGUAGCGCAGUUCAUAUAAAUGCCCAUCUUGCUUGAUAUGCCGGGCAAAAAGGCCUUAGAACGCAGCAUAGAGAGAGAGAGAGAGACAGACAGAGAAAGAAUGUGUGUAUGCGAUAGUGGACAGCGAGAAAGAGAGGUGCGUGUGGGCGUGUGAGCGCGUCUGUGUGUGUGUGUUUAUAUGAUAAGACAAAUAAGCACCGCAUAAUUACCAUUUAUUCCAAAUGAAAAGCUGUACAAUAACUUCCGAAUGUAGAA